CAAUCAAAUUUUCCAAGAGAGAGGAGGAGAUUUUUUAAGAGAGAGAGAGAGAGAUGGACAACGGGCUAUCGUGGGCGGACCAAUGGGACUACAACGACGACCCGCCUCCGGCACAGGCGUCCGAGGACCGGAAGAAGCGGAAAGACGGGUCGAAGUCCGGCACGAAGAAAUUCAGCAUACAAUGGGUGAAAGAGCUGUGCAAGAAGUCAAAUAACAAGUGACGGAAUCCUGCUUCAAGCAGAUCCUAAUUCUUGCACCUGGGAAAUGUUGCUUAUAGAAGAACUUUCUUUUGUGAUCUCCAUCUAUUCAUUCGUGACACAGGAGCCCAUUUCUUUCCUCGCAUUAUGCAGAAAAGAAAUUAUCUGUUCGAGGCUUUGGUAUUUUGUC